AUGGGCUUAUUCAAGAAGAAGGACAAGACGGCCCGCACAAGCACAGCGUCGGGAGCACCAAAUACAACAGUUACUCAUACACAGUCCACGCAGAAUCCAUACGCUUACUCACCCCCCCCUCCGAGUUACGUAUCUCAGCCGGCAUACAAGGAGCCGAUUUCAUACGGUCGUCAAAACAACGAACCUACGACAUACGGUGGAUCCAUCUAUAGCCAAAGGUCUACCGGCGAGCAGACUAGUGUAGCUAACUACGGCGGAUCCGGGUCAGGAUAUGGCGGUAGUAAGACACCAGAGCCAGCACCAUACGGAGCCUCAGUCUAUGCCAAUAACAACUAUCCGAGUAAUCUAAACUCCAGUAAUCCGUAUGGUACCUCAACUUACGGUAAUAACAACCGAUCGAGUAACGUAGCUUCCGGUAAUCCAUACGGCAGUGCACCAGCGCAGAAUCAGUAUGGCAAUCAAAAGCCUCAGUCAAGUAAUAACCCUGUUCCGGACAACAACUAUAACUACUCCUCAGCCGCAGCCGGUCGAGGAGACUACCACUACGGCAGUAACAGUUAUCAAGAUUCAUAUUCCUACCAAACCACUGCUCUCGCGGAAGACGAGCAAGAUCCAGAACUCAUCAAACAAGAAAUAAAAUACACCAAAUACGCUUCUAAUUCCUCCACUGUAAACGCCUUACACGCUGCCGCUCGCGCCGAACAAGCCGGACAAUCCACCCUGUUGAGUUUGGAACAACAGGGUGAAUCGCUUUAUAAUACCCAGUUAAACCUUAAAAUCGCAAAAACCCACGGCGAUAUCGCAGCACACCAGGCAAAGGAUUUGAAAGUGGCGAAUAGACCGUUAUUCAUGCCGCAUGUUAAAAAUCCAUUUUCAUCGGGCCAAGAGAAAGUUAUUGAUGAACAGGUUUCGCUCGAGAGAGAGAGAAGGCGACGUACCGAGCAAGGUGGCGCGAAGCUCACGCAUGAGGAAAAAAUGAGGAAGAUGGGGUUGGCACCGGUGGGGGCUCCGAAGCCUAUAUCGAAAGAGGAGAGAGCUGCGAGGGAUAGACAGAAGUCGAUGUAUCAAUUCGAAGCGGAUGAAGAAGAUGAACAGCUGGAAAGGGAUAUUGAUACAAACUUGGACUUGUUGGCUGGAGCGUCGAAGAGGUUGAGGGGUCUUGCUGGUGAUAUUAACCAAAAGGUCGAUGAACAGAAUAGAUUGAUCAUGGAUAUCAAUGGUCAGGCUCACGAAGUUGAAGACGGAUUGGUACGGGCUGGGCAUAAGUUGAGGCCGUAUGGGUUUUAG